AUGAUGGAUGCGAUAGGAGAAGAAGGCACAGGAAGUUCAGCACUCGCCGAGUUUGGGCACUUAGUUUUGGACACUUGUUACACCAAAAUUAAGGAAUCGCUGCUUAACUUCGAGAGUUUUGACAAAGAUACUGAAGAAAUGGCAGCUCAUGAGAAAACCCUGAUUCGCAUGGUCUUGACGAUGGGAGUUGUUGUGCAGUUCUCGUCUAAUUUGAUGCGAACUCGGCUCGAUCUUUUUGACGUGCUGAAGUCAGUGUUGGCCUUCGACAUUCAGGGUGAGGAACUGCAAGGCAUCGGCUCUUCAACUUUCGUAAACCUCCAAUUGCAGAAGGAGAAGUUUUUAAGUGAAACGAUCAUUGCUUUUAUCACUCUUCGAUGA